AGCUCCGGCUCCUCCUCUAUCUUCACGCCCACGCCAGGCCCUGAGCCCCGCCUCCACGUCUCGGCGCCAACUCCACGUCCUGGCUCCUAUCUCUGCCUUCCAGGCAUCUCCCAGCUGCACGCUCGGGCCCGGCUCAGAGCCCUAAGCCCUGCCUCCCGGUCCUGGCCCGUUUCCCAGAACUGCACCGAGCCUCUCCGCCCAGGCCCAAGGCCGAGCCCCUCCUCCACACCCGAGUCCGAGCCCUGCGUCCCGGAUUCGCACCCGCCUGCCUGGGGCGGUGCUGCAUCAGGUUCGGGUGUGGCAGGCGUCUCGGAGCGCCAGGUGCAGCUUCCGGGUCAAGAUGGUCGCCGCCUGCCGCGCCGUAGCCGGGCUCCUGCCAUGCCGCCAGUGCUGCUUUCCCGCCCGGGCCCCGCUGCUGCGCGUCGCCCUCUGCCUCCUGUGCUGGGCCCCGGUGGCUGUGCGCGCGGUCCCUGAGCUUGGGCUCUGGUUAGAGACAGUCAACGACAAAUCAGGACCUUUGAUAUUUAGGAAAACUAUGUUUAACUCUACAGAUAUCAAGUUAUCUGUUAAGUCAUUCCAUUGUUCUGGGCCUGUGAAGUUUACCAUAGUGUGGCAUUUGAAGUAUCAUACCUGUCACAAUGAGCAUUCUAAUCUGGAAGAGCUGUUCCAAAAACAUAAACUUAGUGUUGAUGAAGACUUUUGUCAUUAUUUAAAGAAUGACAACUGUUGGACAACAAAAAAUGAAAACUUGGAUUGCAACAGUGAGUCACAGGUGUUUCCAUCUUUGAAUAAUAAAGAACUAAUAAAUAUCGGAAAUGUUUCAAACCAGGAAAGAUCAACGGAUGUGGUAGCCAGAACACAGAAAGAUGGGUUUCAUAUCUUUAUUGUUUCCAUUAAAACGGAGAAUACAGAUGCAAGCUGGAAUUUGAAUGUUUCUCUUUCUAUGAUUGGGCCUCAUGGAUAUAUCUCUGCAUCAGAUUGGCCCCUAAUGAUUUUUUACAUGGUGAUGUGUAUUGUUUAUAUAUUAUAUGGCAUACUCUGGCUGAUGUGGUCUGCCUGUUAUUGGAAAGAUAUAUUAAGAAUCCAGUUCUGGAUUGCAGCUGUUAUUUUUUUGGGAAUGCUUGAAAAAGCAGUUUUUUAUAGUGAAUACCAAACCAUCAGCAACACUGGACUGUCAACCCAAGGCUUAUUGAUAUUUGCGGAGUUGAUUUCUGCGAUUAAGAGGACGUUGGCUCGCCUCCUCGUGAUCAUUGUGAGCCUGGGCUAUGGCAUUGUCAAGCCUCGUUUAGGAACAGUCAUGCACCGGGUGAUCGGACUGGGGCUUCUAUACUUAAUCUUUGCAGCUGUUGAAGGCGUGAUGAGAGUCAUUGGGGGUUCUAACCAUUUAGCUGUUGUUCUUGAUGACAUUAUUUUAGCAGUUAUUGACUCCAUUUUUGUGUGGUUCAUUUUUAUUAGUUUGGCACAAACUAUGAAGACCCUAAGGCUAAGAAAGAACACUGUGAAAUUUUCAUUAUAUAGACACUUUAAAAAUACUCUGAUCUUUGCUGUGCUGGCUUCUAUAGUGUUUAUGGGGUGGACAACUAAGACAUUUAGAAUUGCAAAAUGCCAAUCGGAUUGGAUGGAACGCUGGGUUGACGAUGCAUUUUGGAGCUUCCUUUUUUCGCUUAUCCUUAUUGUAAUCAUGUUUUUGUGGAGACCAUCAGCAAACAAUCAGAGAUAUGCCUUCAUGCCCUUAAUAGAUGAUUCUGAUGAUGAAAUUGAGGAAUUCAUGGUAACUUCUGAAAAUUUAACCGAAGGAAUAAAAUUAAGAGCCUCAAAAUCAGUUUCCAAUGGAACAGCUAAGCCUGCCACUUCUGAGAACUUUGAUGAAGAUUUGAAGUGGGUAGAAGAAAAUAUUCCCUCUUCAUUCACAGAUGUAGCUCUUCCAGUGUUAGUGGAUUCAGAUGAGGAAAUCAUGACCAGAUCUGAAAUGGCUGAAAAAAUGUUCUCUUCAGAAAAGAUAAUGUGAUUGGAACCCGUAUAAGUGAAAUGUAGUUAAGCCUGAAGGACUAUCCUUCGUCAAGACUGAAAGCGAGCUUUGUUUUGAUAUUGCAUAAAAAUUUUUGUUGUGUUAUCUUGCAAGUCUGUGUAUCAAAAUGAAGAAUUCAGAUGGUAGGAGGGUUCUGUAGUCCUUUUAAAGCUGACUCUUGAGUGUCAGCUGAAUAUCCAUUAAAUUGGAUUUGGAAAUAACCUGAGGAAAGUAUUGUGAUAAAGAUCUGCACAGAUGCCUCUUAGCUGUUAGGUGGCAGGCCUGUGGGUUUGGGUUCUCCGUCUUUUCUCUGGAACAUAUGACAAUUCCAGAUUAAAGAAAAAUGUUUUUUAAUAAAUACGCUUGGUCUUUUUUCUAGUUACCUUUGAGGUAGAUAUUGUGAUUUUCUGGAGUAUAGUGUAUCCUUGUCUCUAUGUCUUGGGUUUACUAGAUGCAAUAAUACUUUUCUUUGACAUUUGUACUGAAGUGAUUUGAUAUUAAGUAAAACAGUUAAUAUUUGAAUAUAGACAUAUUUAUAGGUUUUUGCCACCCCCCCCUCCCCCACCCCCCACCCUUUCUACAAAGCCGUUGUUUGAGUCUCAUCAUGCACAUCAAAUCAUGGAGUUAGGUCUCCUCUGAGCUCAGGGGAACACAAGUGCACAUAGAGAGAUGUGUUGAGGGUCACUACCAAAGAAUUACCCUCAUUGUCCCUCACUCAGGCCAUGUGUACCUGUGAUGCUGCUGAGUCUGCUGGGGUGAGUGGUGGCCACGUGGCUCCCCCAGAGCACUUCCUACCCGGCGAGCUGGGAGACCCAUUACUGGUGAACUUUGUGGAAAUUAGAACUGUAUCUUUUACAUAAUCUUGGCAUAUUACAUUUCAUAAUAAAAACAUACAUUUAGUUGCAUGCUACAUCACUGUUGAUUUUAUAAUUAAUUUCUUAACCUUCAACCAUGUUUUAUACCUUAUUUCGUUACAUCAUAUAUUUGUAAAGUGUAAUAUGAAAUCUUUUGCUUUAAUGUCUUUUCUUAAAAUGUGGAAUGUUCUAAACUUGAAAAGCAACUGAAUGUAGUAUGAUGAAAAUGUGAAUGUUUUGCUGCUUUCAUGACCAAAGAUACAGGGCUAGUGGACAUUUAGAAUAGUAAUUAAAGCUAGAGUCUUGUAUAUCUUUUCUUUGAAGGAGCUCUAACCUUGUAAAUUGAGAAUGACUUCAGAGAAUUUUGAUUAAGAAAACAUUAAAAUCUUAACCGGCACAAACACUCCAAUUUUUUUCACUGUGAAGCCGCAAGCAAUUUUUUUUCUUUUUCUUUCAAAAGCCUACCUUCUGAAUUUAUUUCUUGUUUACUCAUUUCUGAGAGGGUAAAAAGAAGAUCUGUUUCUGGUAGUCAUAUCGCUUGAAAGAUAUUUGCAAAUGUGUUUUCAGUCGUGACCAUGUGGAAAGUGAACAGUGUUGGCAAACAUUACUGAGAAAAUCAUGCUUUUCAAGAUGCCCUUGCUUUGGGAUAUCCUUCCUAGGGAGAAAAAAAAGUAAUUUAACAAUUAUGAAUUCCAUUUCUUAUUUCAGUUUCUGCUGCAGUAAUGGGUUCCCACCCACUAUAAUGUUCUGGUGGAGUCUCCCCUUAGCCCAGUAACAUUUUUAUCUAAUACCCCACUCCCCAAGUUUUGAGACAGAUUGACCCCCCUAUUCAUUAUAUGGCUCUAGUUGAGUUUUAAAAUGUGGAAUACUGGGCUUGCAGGCAGUAGGAGCUGCAAAUCUGGUAGAGUGGGAGUGAGGAAUUAAUGGUGAGUAUGUUAAUAAGGGAAACUGUCUCUGACAGAACCUCAGUAAUGUUUACCAAAACAUGUCUUUCUACAGCUGGUAGGAUAAAUGAUGCCACCUCUGUAGCUCAGCUAUAGGCUGCAGUGCAUACUUUUCUUCCAUCCAGAGAAAGCAGAAUUCCCUCCUAGUAGCCUCAUCACAAAUACUGUUUCUAGAAGGGCAUGUGCUAUCUGUCACCUUCAGUAAUAUUUGUGCCAUCUCUUGAUGGCUGAUGACCUGGAUCGAGUAUUUCUAUGAAGGGUCUUCUUAGGCCUCUCACAUACGCAAGAGGGGUGCUCUAGUGCCAUAGCUGCAGUUCACAGGAAGGACACCAGGAGAAGUUAUGCCUAGGGCUACUAAGCAGCUCAUCAUCCCUGCUUCUGCACAAAGUUUCCUGAAACUGGCCAUCAGGGCCUCUGAGGCACUCAAAUCAGUUUACUUUUAGCAUGCCCCCAUCAGGAUGGGUCUCACUGUUAGUGAGGAUACGGGUCUGGUUUGAUGUUUUUCUAGGCAAAAUGCUUAAGUGUUCUGCUUAUGCCAUUCAUUCAUAUGAUGUGUGAAAUUUGCUUAAAAGGGAAUUUUCAUGAUUUGAUUUAGAUUAGUAUUUAAAUAUCUGCUUUAGAUAGUAAUUAAUUUUAUUGCAAAAAUAAGGAAAAAUGUGUGAAUAUGUGAAUUUUUUAAGCCUGAGAGAUGAUAGAAUGUUCCCAUAUUUUUCUUGUAAAGAAAAUAAUAUUUUAACUUACACAUCCUGUAGAAAAUACCAUCUUUUCCGCUUGUAUUUACAGUACAGUGUUUACAUUACUAUACUGUCAAGCUGAAAGUAUAAGAAAUGUACAUAUACAUUUUGAUUUAUAUAUCCUUUUUUUUAAAAAAAAGUUGAGUCUGUUGCACUAGGCCGUACAUAACUAAAGUUGACAGAUGCUAUGCUAGAUUUGUAAUCACUAGUUCUGGUACUUGUGUCUUUGUAUGAUCAAAGCAUGCAACAAGCAAUACAAAAUACCAAGCCUUAUACUUAAAAGAAGUUUAACAUAUUGGUUAAUAUACUGGUUAAACAUAUUGAAUGUAUAUAAGUGGCAAAACUAGAUUUUUAAGGAAGUGUACAUUAUAAUAUUGGAGCUCAGUACUGCAUGAAGAAAAUUCAUUAAAACUAAGAAAACAUUUACUUGGGGAGAAAUUUUAGGCGUUUAAGAAGUUGUAUUUUUCUAUUUUAAAAAGUUAAAUUAUUCCGUAAUUUGGAAGAAGUUUCAUUGAGUGUAGGACAUAACCAUUUGAAGGGUUUUCAUUUGAAAAAUUGAUGUAUUUUGUGCCUUACUAUUUUGUUCUUUUAAUAAAAAUGCUCUGAAUUUGAA